GAUAAUCAAAUACAAGAUAUAAAUGAAUUGAUUUCUAAUCUUCCAUUAACUGAUUUACUUAGUGCUGAUGAGUACUUACAUCUUAAUGAUGUUUUGCCAAUUGAAGAUUUUCCAGAUGAUACAGUAUUAAUUGAGCAAAUUCAUAAUGAAGAUAAUAAUGAGGAAGUUCAAUUUGAUACUGAUGAUAAUAACUAUUCAAGUGAACUAUCGCAAGUUUUUUCUUUACAAGAAGGAAGUAAUUUUGCUAAAAAUUUAGUUAAAUUUCUUUUAUAA